AUGGACUCUACCUUGGCCCAGAAGGUGAACUUGAUCCUCGUCGGUUCUACUGGCCAAGGCAAGAGUACCCUCGGCAACUUCCUCAUGAAGCCGGACUUGGAUCACAUUUGGGAAGAGAAUGGGCAACAGCGGACCUUCCAAGUUGGCGAAGAUCGCUUGUCAUGCACGCAGCAUUGCGCUGUGUCGACCUCGGGCGAUGGCAGUGUGACGAUCAUGGACACGCCCGGCCUGAACGAGAGCCAUGAGAAGGACCUUGGGUACAUGAUCAACGUCGUGAAGAAUGCCCAUGUGCUCGGCUCUGUUCAUGCCGUCAUCUUGGUCAUGAAGACGGAGUCCCGCAUGGACCAAACCUACAAAGACACCGUGCUGUACUACCAACAGUUGUUCGGAGCGGACAUUUUUGCGGCGCACUUGGUCAUUGUGCACCCAGACUUCAAGGAGAGCAGCAAAAAGUACCAGGACCCCAGCAAGAUCCAGAAAAUCAUGCAGCAGAGCGCCGAAGACGUGCAGAAUCUUCUGGGGCUGAAGGCUGCUCCUUCUGUCCGUUGCUUGAACUCCUUGCCUGAGACAGUUGAGGAGUUGAUGAAGCAGCUCACCGAACGAGAGCGAAUUCUUCAGCAUGCUCGGGCCAACUUGGCAGCUGCCCCAUUAGCACGUCUCCGGGUGCCCAAAACACCGGCCGUUGAGGCAAAGCACGAGAAGGAGAAAGCUCGGCUGGAGGAGAGGCUAGCUCAGCUGGUGGAGCAGAAAGCCCAGCGCAUGCAGAUUCCAAGCGCAGCCCAAGAACAUUUUGACUGGCUCAGGCGCGAAAUCAAGAAGCAGACGUCGGAGAUGGAGCGCUUGAACGAGGACCUCGCGAUCCAUGACACUCCUGAUCUGGUUGAAGUAGCCGAUACAUCAAGGUGGGUGCAGACUGGCAGGGGUAUCGUCUUCGACUUUCGACUUACAAGCCCUGUCACGAUCCGAAAAGUGACUUACUGCACUUGGGACACGGCAGACUACCGUGAGACAUUUCGGAGCGACCGGGAGGUUUGUGGGGUCUUCGAAAGAGGACUUGGCAGAUACUUUCACUCAGGCACCCUUUGGGUGAAGGCUUGGGGCGUAAAGCGAGAGUAUUUCGCACAGGCCAUCGCAACUUCAAAGGCCAGUCUCAAUGAAGUGAAGGAACACUUGCGCCGGGCCUUCGACGAGAAGAGGUCGUUGGAGACGGAAUUUGCGAGCAGCCUCGACCUCCCAGAUGUUAAGAAUCUGGAGCAGCAGAUUGCGGCGGUGGAGUCGGAGAUCAAGCGGCUUUCAGAACUUUUCUUUACCUCCAUCGAGGAAGCUGAGCGUGAAGCACAACAAAUGCUAAAGAGCAAAUUGUGA